AUGGGUCACUCCUGGGUCGCGUCGAGGGAGCUGCGGGGUAAUGAGCAUUGCGUGACUUGCGGAGCGUCUGUGCAAAGCCAUUCCACGUCAGGCCGCUGGCGUGAAAGCAAGGCGCUGCUGGACUCCUUCCUGGGCGAUCGGAACUGGGGCUCGAGGAGUAAUUUGAAGUCCAGCCAGGCAUGGUGUUCUGCGAGGAGCUCUGCUACACAAGUUGUUCAAGUCUCGGGCAUUCCAUGGAAGGCAGCUCUGGAUAUCCUCGGCAAAGUCCGCGAAGACAGAAUUCAAGAGGACGCCACUCUCCUUGCCACGGUGGCCGUCACUGGACUCAGGACCUUCGCCAUAUCGGACCAUCGGAGGCCUUUGCUUGUCCGAGAAGUUGCACAGGAAACCUACAGCCGAUACUUGCAGAUGUGGUCUGCCUUGUCUUCGAUGCUGCGGCGUGAUAGGGUGCAAAUGCAAAGCGUGCCUCCUGUCCGCCCGAAUACCCCGAUCCCCAAGACCGGCAAGUACGUGAAACCGCACCUGAAAGAGGUUUACAAGUUCUUCCGUGAUGAGUGGGUCAACUGCAAUGUCUUUCGGUCCCCCGGCCCGAUGCAGUUGGAUUCCUCUGGGGAUGUGGGUCCACUAUCUGAGAGACCCAUCACACUACUCGCGGACUACUUCAGUGUGGAUGAGCUGAAGCAGAUUGUCCAACCGAGAGCCCAGCCUGCCCCGCUGGUGAUGUGCAAAGAGCCGCUGGUCGUUCGGGAUGGUCGCCUGCGAGAGAACUUGAGUCUAUUGGAGCAGGAACGGCUGAACUACGAGCCAGCUUUACCAGGCUACUUGCGUGACCGGGUCACAUGGCAGGAGGAUGAGCUGGCACCGCACUCGUGCGACAACAUUGAGGAGCUGGUCCAAUCCUUUCCCCUCAUCCAUUCCCACGUGUGCGCCAUACGGCUGGUCCCGCCAAUUGCAGCAGAGGGAGAUGAGGUUGAAACAUUAAUGUCAGAGCGAUCACCAACUUCGACAAUGAGGCAGACCGCAGCGGCAUCGGACUGCGGGAAGCCCAUGACUGUCGGCAUCGUCUUCGCAAGCAGUCAGGUCCCCGGCUACCAUCCAGUGAUUGCCGGGAUGGCCUUCCGGGGCCAGCCAAACUCAUCGGCUUCUUUUGUGGGACAUUGCCUCAGCGACUUGCGCGACUCGACCUUCGGCGAUCUCCGGGGUUUUUCAGGAGUGCGGCUGCGGGGCUUUGCUUCCGCCUUCAGUGCGAAAUGUGAUCAUGCUGUGCAAGGCAUCCCAGUCCUUGCCACUUUUCCUCGUCCGGCUUAUGCCAGGUCAAAAGCUACAACAAGAAAGGGUGCCUACCUCUGCUUCUUGGUGGCAAUCAAGUACAACAGAGUUGCGAGCACCAGGUUCGGCUUCAUCAUGUGCACUGGCAACUCUGAUAUUCAGGAUCUGUACUUCACCCGAGAGAACGUCAGCUCCAGGUUAUUGCAUCCCGACAUGCCUGGAGAAAGGGUGACCUUCGAGAUCGGCUACGAGGGUCGUCGAAUGGUUGCCAGGAACGUUCGGCCGUUCGGAGAGGACAAACAUACCCAAGCGGCGAUGAUGGCUAACAGUCACAGAGCAAGAUAUGAAAGAGGGUACGACGAAGAGGACACAAGCCGAGAUUGGAAUUGUCCGUCCUGCAACGAGAGAAACUUCUUGAAGCGCAAUGUGUGCUUCAAGUGCCAAACACCGAAGCCGAUAGUGGAAGAUCCUGCGGGUGGCCCAGCUGCUGCUGCCGCAGCCGUGCCGCCUCGCCGCACGCUGUCCCCACAUGCUGGAGCUCGUGCCAUCAGAGAGGCUCUAGCUGGAGGACGUGGAGCUCCAGCAGAGAAGGAGGGAGGCAGUGACGAGAGUAGCAGCCCGUCUAGUGCCAAGAAGAAAAAUGAUAAGAAGCAAAAAAAGAGGAAGAAAAGCAGCUCUGAAAGCUCAUCCAGCAGCCGUGCCAAGAAGAAGGCCAAGAGGUCGCACAAAAAGCACAAGCACAAGAAGCAUGGAUCAUCAUCUAGCGGGGACUCGGUGAAAAGCAGCAAAUCAAGGUCCAGCAGCAGCGGUUGUGUCAUGGAGGAGCCUGCGCACCAGCCUGCGCAGCCUGCCAGUGACAACCCAGUGAACCCAGACAUUGACAGGGCGAAGAAAGAGGCGCUUGAGCAGCUUCUGAAGCUCAAGUCCGUGGAGUCAAGGGAGCAGCGAAUGAAAGAGUGGCGAGAGCUGCUCCGGCACUGGCACCCAGAUAAGAAUCCACACAGAACCGAGGUGGCCACGGCAGUCUUCCAGUUCUUGCAGAAGGGAAAGCCAAUGCUCGAGGGAAGCAACGAAGCCGCGAAGCAGCCUCGAAAGCCUCCGCAAUGGCUGGGAGUCAUUAGAGCAGAUGGUGUACAGUACUCUGAUUUGUUGUGUCAGUUUGGCGAUCCCUCGACCCUCGCUUUCAAAGACCAUCUGCAGGCUGCGAUCGAGACGAUUUCUCGUCACAAGCUGGAUGGCCUUGUCAUGGUCGGAAACGAAGCCAACCAGGUCGACUCGGCCUUCCUGGCCGAGGCUUGCGCGGCUUCUCGGCUGAGCACCAGGGUCAUCGGUGUGCCUGUAUCCUUGGACUGCAACUUCCCCUUCGUGCAGCAAACGAUCGGCUUUGACACGGUGACGAGAACUUUAUCUGCUUUCAUUGGCACGAUCGGGAACUUGGUCAAGACCUCGAGGAACAUGUGGAUUUUCGUUCGGACAAUGGGUGAUGCUUGGUCACACGUGGCAGUGCAGAUUGCGUUGCAAACCCAUGUCCACAUGGUUCUGCUGUCCGGAAGCCAGCUCUUGGGCCAGUAUUUGGUAAACAUCGUCUCGUGCCUGUGCGACCUCAUUGUGAAGCGUCACGAUGCAGGCGAGGACUAUGGCAUCAUCAUGCUGCCUGUGGGGUUUGUCAACGACAUCCUUGAGCUUCGCAUCUUGUUUUCCGAGCUGAUGGAAGUGAUGUCCAAGGACCACUACGAGCAAAGUUGGGAGUCCAUUCCCAAGAUAGCAGCACGCCUCAAGCCGGCGACUGCUGCUUUGUUUGACGUGAUCCCGCGGGACGUACAGUUCGAAAUCUGCUUCGGUGGAAGAGAGAGGUACAUGAACAAGAUCGAUUUCUCCACAAUUUCCACGGAUCGGCUGUUGCUUCGCUUCGUGGAGAUGGAGCUCCUCCGACGCCGACAGCUUGGUCACAUCUCCAAG